AUGAAUGCCUUCACAUUUGAGAACGUCAUUCUUGCAGACGAUGGACUCUUGCAGUUAUUCUCUGACAAUUUCACAAUCUACAAUAAUGAAACCUUGAACGGCAGUGUUUCAGUGACAAGCCAUCCACACCAAACAGACUCGAUGGCAAACUUCACCGGCACCGCUCCAACUGAAGAUCCACCCCAAGGUAGCUCGAAAAUGAAAGUACAAGGGUGCACGAUGAACUAUGUUGACUUCACUCGUUACCCGUAUCCAGGAGAUACAACGGUGGCGCCUGUCAUCUGGGAAUUGGCGCUUAAAUGCUCCUUUCUGUCAAUCAUCUCCUUGCUGGCAAUCAUUGGGAACAUACUUAUAAUUGUCAUCGUUAUAUUCUCGAAAAAGAUGAGAACAACAACAAAUUAUUACAUCAUUAAUCUGGCAGUUUCUGACUUGAUGAUUGCUUGUUUGCCCACCUGGAUCUACCUGGUGAAAAACAUCACAUCGGGAUGGGUCCUCGGAGCCUUUCUCUGCAAGUUCAACGUGUUUGUACAAGUUUGCGCAAUGUGCACAAUGUCCUUCACCAUGAUAGCGAUCGCCGGUGACCGGUUCUUCGCCAUCGUCUUUCCUCUCAAGGCCAGGGUCACACAGCGCAAGGUUAAGGUCGUGGUGGCAAUCAUCUGGACGCUAGGAGCUGCCAUUGCUGUCCCGCCCACGUUGUAUUAUAAAUACAAUGAGAGGAAAUGGGCCAACUACCUAGAGACCUUCUGUACAGAACAGUGGCCGAUGAGGGUGAAACCUGACGGAAAAUGUGACGGGGGAAAGACCGCUGAACAAUACUACUGGACUCCAGUGCUUGUGGCCCUCAACUGGCUGCCCAUGCUCCUAAUGACCAUCAUGUACUCGGUGAUCAUCCAGCGACUACAGUUUGGCCGCCUCUCACACAACGGAAGCCUCAGCAUGUCUGCAGUGCAACAGCGUUCCACCAAGAGGGUUGUGAUCAUGAUGUUUGUUCUCCUGGUCACGUUCAUGGUCUGCACCAUACCGUUCCAAGUGAGCACGAUUUACCAAGCCUACAAGGACACCCGUGCCAUGCCGCCGGCCUGGUACGAGGAUGUGUACUUCUCGGCCAUCAGCCUGAUGUACUCGCACAGCGCCAUCAACCCGAUGGUCUAUGGCGCCAUGAACCAAACCUUCCGUAAUGGUUUUGUUCAUCUUGUGGCCAGAUUCAGAGGCCGAAAGAACAGUUCUAGAAGAUCGCAAUGUUCAACGCUAGAGACAACUAUCAAGCCAAGCAUCAGCGUUGUCAACAAAGGCGGGCUGGAUGCUUCUCAAGCUACAUCUGAAACUGACCUCAUCAGAUGCAGUUCCCAGAUCAGUCUGACUGCUGUGAAAGAUCCACAUGAUAAAAAGUGA